AAGUAAACGAAUUUUAUUUUGUUGAAGGCAUAUACACAUUUCGUACGUGAAUUAUUUGACUUUUGCUGGAAAAUUUAUUAGAAAAUCAAUUGGAAAACUUUCGGAAAGCCUUAACAUAGAGUGCAAUGCAAGAAGGUGAUAUUGAAAAUCUCAUUGAACCCGAAGGAAUUGUGCGCGAGCCAACCGCCGCGCCAACAGAAGAAACAGACGCUGUAAUGUCAACGACAUUACUAACAGAUGAGACAACUAAUACCGCAGCAGUAAUGCAAGCGAUAAAUCCAACUGAAGCUUCCUUAUCAGGACCUGUGGUUAAUAUAGAUGAAACGGCUGGCAGCACAGGAGCCGAUAAAGAUGCUGACAGCGAUGUACAGGAUGAUGAAGGCGACGAUGAGCAGACUAAAGAAAAUUAUGAAGGUUUUAACGGUACCGGGCGCACCGUUACGUUACAGAUGCUAAUGGGUGCUAACGUUUUGCAGCCCGGAAAAUCACUUAUGACUAUUGAAUACUUGGGACAAAAAUUUGUGGGAGAUUUAUUACCGGAUGGUAAAAUUAAAUCGCAAGAGACUGAAACCAUAUUUCUAACACCCAGUGCAUGGGCUAUGCACUGCAAACGUAUUAUUAAUCCAGAGAAGAAAAGUGGCUGCGGUUGGGCUUCGGUAAAGUAUAAAGGGAAAAAAUUGGAUGCCUAUAAAAACAGUUGGUUACGCAAAUGCGCUUUACAAAAAGAUUUAGCCCUCGAAGAUAUAGACAUUGAUACUGACAAAAAAUCCGACUCGCCGUUGCCUCUGAUUAAACGUAUAGUGUUUCCGCACAAUACCAUAACAAAUCGUAAUGUGAUGCAUGAUGCUAACAUGUUAAUUGAAGCGGUAUCUUUUACAACUGUAGGCAAAUUGCAGCCGUUUCUUUUAACGAUGAGUUCUUCAGCUUUGCUUUUAGCUGAUUUUCAUUGCCAUUUAACCAUGCAUGAGGUUUGUGGAUAUCUGGGAGGGACUUGGGACGUUAAUACUCACACAUUGGCUAUAACGAAAGCAUAUCCCUGCCGUAAUUCACGUUUUGAUCGAUCGAAGGCGGGUGAUAUUGAACGCGAUAUACAAAAAACCAUGAUAAAGGACCAACUUCUACUGGUAGGGUGGUAUCAUUCUCACCCGAAAUUUCAAGCCGAACCCACACUAAGGGAUUGUGAUGCCCAAUUAGAUUAUCAGAUACGUAUGAGAGGACCUUCUGACGCCACAUAUACACCUUGUGUGGCUUUAAUUAUCUCUCCUUAUUAUGAUGAAAAUCCUACCUUGGAAUCGGUGGUGAAAUCUAUUUGGGUUGUGCCACCCAAUGAAAAUAAGCAAGCUCUAGAAUAUGGUCGUCCCAUGCUUAUGCAGUAUUCUGUUUUACCAGACAGAGAAAUACCUGAAGAAGUUCGCACUGAAAUCCAGUCAUGUGUCGAUUAUUAUUCGCAAUAUCGAAAUGAAAUUGUGCGGUUUUCUAGCAUUUUUAGUGACGAUGUUACCUAUAUUGAGAAACUCAAAAAUACAUUAUAUCCGAAGUUUCCCAUGAAACAAAAUGACAAGGCACUGUGGAAUUGGAUUUGUGCUGUUUUGGGUUGCGAACAAGAGGAUGAUUUUAUACCUCCGAAAACGAUAAAAAUAAUUGACUCAAAAGACGAUAUUCCAAAACCACUGAUUGAAACAAAAAUAGAAAUUAAAUCAGACGAUGAGGUUAAGCUCGACGAGCUCAAUUCUAAGCAAUUAACUUCAAAUGAAGAGCAGAUGCGUUGUUUGGAAGAACAUGAAAAAAGUGAGCAACAAAAGGCGAGCGAGUUAAAGGUUUUAUCUUUGCAAGAGCAAUUGUGUUUACCAUCGGGGUUAAAUAUGAAUCCUGUGCACGUGUUGUCACCUUUAAUACCAAAUCCAAAUCCAACGGUACCUACAACAUCAGUACCCGUUGCUGUGCCAGGUGUAUCCCCCAACGUUGUUGCCGCGGUAACAGGUGCGUCUACUAUAAAUCCUGUUGCCCUACUGCCUCCGCUCCCGCCCACAGUACCACCGAUCGUUCCCAGUUCUACAAAUUUGCCUUCUGCGUCCCCACGUGAUAGUCCUAUUACUAUUCCUUCGAAUUCGGCCUCACCAGCUAAAUUUGAGCUACCAGUAAGAGCUUCCCCGUCGCCGGCCAAGUCGGACACAUCGUCACAUAAUUCAAGGACCCGAAAUUCUCCUGCUCCUAGCCCUGGUAAAUUCAGUAUAAGCGAUAUAGCACGCAAUAGCCCGAGCAUAACGCCGACUAGCAAGUAUGAGCCAGUCUCUGGAUCGUUAAUGGGAUCAUCCGUUUCUGCUGCCUCUGCCGCUCAUGGUUUGCCUACCGCUAACGAUUUGAUGGCUGCAAGUUUGGCACAGUUGGCUGGUCAGUUGCCACCAAACUUUCUACAAACCGAUUUGGCUGCCUUAUUUCAGCAGCGUAAAGAUUAUGGCAGCACUUCUCUUAAUCAAUUAGCUGCCGCCGCCGCUAAGGUGGGCGGAGGAAGCGGUGCAGGUACCGGUAACAGUCAAAAACAAUCGCAGAAUACUGUAUCAUCUACUGCAUCAAGCAGCUUGGCAGGUAUAUCAGUUCCGUCUGGAACACCCGAUUUUACAGAUCCUAACGUGGCUGCCGCUGUGGCAGCCUAUUCACAAAGCUUUAGUAUGCCGCGCCUUCAAGAUAUGAUGCCUCAACCGCAACCUUCCAGUUCGUCGCAGAGCAAAUCCAAAUCAGACCGAUCCUCAAAAUCUAGUUCAUCCUCUUCGUCAUCUUCAUCAUCGAGCUCUUCGUCCAAUUCUUACAAAACCAAGCUCAUGAAAGAACUAGACGAACUCAAGAAUGACCCUUUGAAAAUGAGCGAACUUAUCCGCUCUCCGGAGUAUGCGGCACUUUUAUUGCAACAAGCUGAAGCUUUGGGAGCUACUACAUUAGGUAGUUUAGGUUUUGGCACUGAUUUUAGUUAUCUAACGGGAGCGAGUGCUCUGGGUCCUUCGCCCAGUCCCAGUAGCAAGUCAAAAAGCACUUCGUCAGCAGCUGCUGCUGCUGCUAAUGCAGCAGCGGCCUCGGCAGCAGCUCUUACGGCCGAUUACAAUAACCUAAUUCAAGCCUCUAAACUGCUGGGUUAUGAUUCGUAUUUGCAACAGGCAAAGAACAACGAUUUGAACGCGUUCCUCCAGCAGCAAAUGGCAGCGGCUGCGGCGGCUGCCGCUUCUGUGGGUGCACCUCCAACUCCCUCUCCUAGUAGCUCCAAAAAGCAACAACAACAGCAACAACAACAGUCACAACAAUCUGGUUCACAUCCAGAUUACACUGCUCUUUUGCAAACUUAUUCCAAGUUGUUUGACCCCACAAAUCAGUUUGGAUCAUUAACUCAAAGCAAGUCGUCAGCAGGUCAUCCCGAUUUAUCUGCCCUCCUGGCAGCCGGUGUGGGAGCGGUAAGUGGCAUGGGGCCCGGUAAUAGUUCUAUGAGCAGCUCUAAUGCGAAGCAAAAGCACAAGGAGGCACAACAGCAGCUGAGUCAGCAGACAGAUAUGCUCAAUCAGUUAUUGCAAUCAGAGAAACAACAAUCCGACUUAAAUGCUUUGCUUUAUCAUCAAAAUAAAGCGGCGGCCGACUUAAAUGCUCUUUUUGCGACACCAUCAGGGGCGCCUCCUUCAUCAGCUACGUCUUCUUCCAGCAAAUCCGGCGGUGGUUCCGGUCCUAAUUCAACUGGUGCUCCUUCUCCUCUAACCGAUUCAGCAGCCGCUUACUACAAUGCCUUGGCUCAAGAGAAAAUUCAAGACUACGCUGCUUUUUUCCAACAGCAGCAACAACAAGCUGGUAAAUAUGGUAUACCAGAUCCCUUAUCCAAGUCAACAUUGGCAGCUAACAAUCUUUUCAUGUCACCAUCGGCAUUACUCAAAAUCCAACAAGAAUCUUUAUCAGCCAUGAUGAUGAAACCGCCUAAGUCGACAUCAUCAUCACGUAAUCGAGAAUCAUCAGCAUCGCCUGCUUUAGAACGUCUUACCCCAACUAAAAGUGGCAGUGGAGGUUCUUCAACACCGGGUGGCGGUAAAUAUAAUUUUAGUGCUGUUGAUUUGGCUAUUUCCAGUGUGCCAUCUAAUACCCCAUCACCGGCUCCUUCUGAUGGUAGUAACAGCUCUUCCCAUCGUCGACCUUCCAAUACUCCCCCAGUUGAUUUAAGUCGCUUAUAUGGAGAAUUAGCUCCGCCUGGUUCAUUAGCGGCCUUAAGUGGAAUUGGAGCUAGCUUAGGUGGCGUUGGUACUAAAAAACGUAUGGAGUUCUCAUCAAUUGCUGAUUUAGCCGCUCCACCACCGGCAAAGAUGUCCAAACUGGGCGAUGAUGUCUUGAAUUUAUCGAAUGAAUAAAGUUAUUCUGAGUAUUUUUUACGCUAGGAACAAGGGAAGAGAGAAAAAAAUUUCUAUUAAUAGUUACAUUACAUUUUUGUCUCCCUUUACUUCCCCACUAAUUUUGAAUAGAAAAGAACGAACGUUAUGCUCCUGACACACUUCAAGAACUUUUAUAUAGGGAUCUGCUAGACAUUCGUGAAAAGUUUCAAACCGAUGCUUGAAAUUGUGCAGCGUAAUCCAUCUUCUGGAGCAAUUGUUUAUCACCAAUACUUUUCUGUAAAACACGUGCCAUGAACUCCCUCUUCGAGCAGGCGUUGUAUAAGUAACGUCAUUUUCAAUCAUCUCUUAACUAUCAAUACAACAAGCAUUUUAAUAAGUGAAACUUUCUAUGAAAAUGUGCGCUCUGUAUAAAAUGCAUUUCAAAAAAUCGCCUGUUAUUUGGUAGAAACACAUUUGUUGACCCUUUACCCAUAAAUGCAGCCUUUAAUAAGAAAACUGUUAAUCGUUCGUACCAUAUGCAAUAUUUAGCCAUAGAGAUCCAAGGUUCGACUCAUUUCUCAAAAGUUUCGCAAAUUCAUCCCUAUACGUCUAACUAGAAAAUGCGUAUUCUUUAAUGGUCUAACGUGAAGUGUUUUUGGAUAAUCACGAGCAAAAAUGAUGCGAAGGCUUUGCUGUUUACAUACUAAUUAUGUAUUGACUUGUAUACGUGGACCGAUCGCGAUCAAGUAUUAAUAUAUAGUUUUUCACUCUUUAUACCCACCACUGUAAGGUGGAGAUAUAUGCAUUUUGUAUUUUUCCAUAAGUA